CCCCAAAUCGGAAGUGACGGAGCCGAGGUAGCGCGUCGAGGCUACCUCUAUGGUUUUCCUCUCCUCCUGGAGUCGGGAAAUGGCCGCUGUGUAGUUACCACGGAGGUGAACCCCGAGGAUCGUGCUUCGGCGUGUCAGGAAGAAUCUUGGCAGUAUCUUAAAGACAUCACUGACUUCUGGAUCCUGCAUAAAGUCCAAGGAGAAAAGAAAUGGGCCGCUCCAAUUCUAGAUCACAUUCUUCAAGAUCCAAGUCUAGAUCACAGUCUAGUUCUAGAUCAAGAUCAAGAUCGCAUUCUAGAAAGAAGAGAUACAGUUCUAGGUCUCGUUCCAGAACAUAUUCAAGGUCUCGUAGUAGAGAUCGUAUUUAUUCUAGAGAUUAUCGUCGAGAUUACAGGAAUAAUAGAGGAAUGAGACGACCUUACGGGUACAGAGGACGGGGUAGAGGGUAUUAUCAAGGAGGAGGAGGUAGAUAUCAUCGAGGUGGCUAUAGACCUGUCUGGAAUAGAAGGCAUUCUAGGAGUCCUAGACGAGGUCGGUCACGUUCCAGGAGUCCGAAAAGAAGGUCCGUGUCUUCGCAAAGAUCCCGAAGCAGAUCUCGCCGCUCAUACAGAUCCUCUAGGUCUCCAAGAUCAUCAUCAUCUCGUUCUUCAUCCCCAUAUAGCAAAUCUCCUGUCUCUAAAAGACGAGGGUCUCAGGAAAAACAAACCAAAAAAGCUGAAGGGGAACCCCAGGAAGAGAGUCCUUUGAAAAGCAAAUCACAGGAGGAGCCAAAGGAUACCUUUGAGCACGAUCCAUCUGAGUCUGUUGAUGAGUUUAAUAAGUCUGCCACAUCUGGUGAUAUUUGGCCUGGCCUUUCAGCUUAUGAUAAUAGCCCCAGGUCACCUCAUAGUCCCUCACCUAUUGCUACACCACCUAGUCAGAGCUCAUCUUGCUCAGAUGCCCCCAUGCUUAGUACAGUCCACUCUGCCAAAAACACCCCUUCUCAGCAUUCACAUUCCAUUCAACAUAGUCCCGAAAGGUCUGGAUCUGGUUCUGUGGGAAAUGGGUCUAGUCGAUAUAGUCCUUCCCAGAACAGUCCGAUUCAUCAUGUCCCAUCACGAAGAAGCCCUGCAAAGACAAUCACACCACAGAAUGCUCCAAGAGAGGAAUCUAGGGGGCGGUCCUCUUUUUAUCCUGAAGGCGGAGAUCAGGAAACAGCAAAGACGGGAAAGUUUUUGAAAAGGUUCACAGAUGAAGAGUCUAGAGUGUUCCUGCUUGAUAGGGGGAACAGGGAUAAAGAGGCUGCAAAGGAGAAAGGGCCAGAGAAAGGCAGGGCAGAGGGCGAUUGGGAUGAUCAGGAAGUUCUAGAUUACUUCAGCGAUAAAGAGUCUGCAAAACAAAAGUUUCAUGACUCAGAAGGGGAUGACACAGAGGAGACAGAGGAUUAUAGACAGUUUAGGAAAUCGGUGCUGGCAGAUCAAGGGAAGAGCUUUGCUGCUUCAUCUCACCGGAGUACUGAGGAGGAAGGACCCAAGUACAAGUCCAAAGUUUCACUCAAAGGCAAUAGAGAAAGUGAUGGAUUUAGAGAAGAAAAAAACUAUAAACUGAAAGAGACUGCAUAUAUAGUGGAAAGGCCUAGCACUGCAAAAGACAAGCACAAGGAAGAAGACAAAGGCUCUGAAAGAAUAACUGUGAAGAAAGAGGCGCAGCCAUCACCUGAGCAGGUAAAGUCUGAAAAGCUCAAAGAGCUCUUUGAUUACAGUCCCCCUCUGCACAAGAGUCUGGACACACGAGAAAAGUCCGUCUUCAGAGAGGAGAGCCCGCUGAGGAUCAAAAUGAUAGCCAGCGAUUCUCAUCGUCCUGAAGUCAAACUCAAAAUGGCCCCUGUUCCUCUCGAUGAUUCUAACAGACCUGCCUCCUUGACUAAAGACAGGCUACUUGCUAGUACGCUUGUCCAUUCUGUGAAGAAGGAGCAAGAAUUCCGAUCCAUCUUUGACCACAUUAAGUUGCCUCAGGCCAGCAAAAGCACUUCAGAGUCAUUUAUACAGCACAUUGUAUCCUUGGUUCAUCAUGUUAAAGAGCAAUACUUCAAGUCACCUGCAGUGACCCUAAACGAGCGGUUCACCUCGUACCAGAAGGCCUCUGAGGAACAUGGUGCCCGCCAGAAGAGCCCUGAGAUACACAGGAGGAUUGACAUCUCUCCAAGCGCUCUGAGGAAGCAUACCCGUUUAGCAGGGGAGGAGAGAGUUUUUAAAGAAGAAAUUCAAAAGGGAGAUAAAAAAUUAAGGUGUGAUUCAGCUGAUCUUCGGCAUGACAUUGAUCGUCGCCGUAAAGAAAGAAGUAAAGAACGGGGGGAUUCCAAGGGCUCCAGGGAAUCUAGUGGAUCAAGAAAGCAAGAAAAAACUCCAAAAGAUUACAAGGAAUACAAAUCUUACAAAGAUGACAGCAAACAUAAAGGUAGAGAACAAGAUCAUUCUCGAUCAUCAUCGUCUUCAGCAUCACCUUCCUCACCCAGUUCUCGAGAAGAAAAAGAGAGUAAGAAAGAAAGAGAAGAAGAGUUUAAAACUCACCACGAGAUGAAAGACUACUCAGGAUUUGCAGGAGUUAGCAGACCACGUGGGACCUUUUUUCGAAUUAGAGGCAGAGGAAGAGCCAGAGGAGUUUUUGCUGGGACAAAUACUGGUCCAAACAACUCAAAUACUACUUUUCAAAAGAGACCGAAGGAAGAGGAAUGGGAUCCAGAAUAUACCCCAAAGAGCAAGAAGUACUUCUUGCAUGAUGACAGAGAUGACGGUGUGGAUUAUUGGGCCAAAAGAGGAAGAGGUCGUGGUACUUUUCAACGCGGCAGAGGGCGCUUUAAUUUCAAAAAAUCAGGUAGCAGUCCAAAAUGGACUCAUGACAAAUACCAAGGGGAUGGGAUUGUUGAAGAUGAAGACGAGACCAUGGAAAAUAAUGAAGAAAAGAAGGACAGACGCAAAGAAGAAAAGGAAUAGCCUCAAGAUUGCAGCAGAGAGCAGAACUUGAUACUUACAUUUUUUUAAAACCUGAUUUUUGUUUUCAAAUAAGAAUGUAAGCAUUUUACUUAAAAUUUACUGUUUGCAAGUAGUCUAUAGAAAUUUUGUUUUAAGUCUUCAAAUAUCUUGAAACAAUACUAGACUGUAUGUUGAAAAUUGUAUUGAAAUAAAGUAGAAAAUGUUCCGUACCAUAUUUGUAACUAUCAACUUUUAAAAAACCUUUGACUGUUUUUGUUACAUGCAUUGUAUUUCUGCUUUGUCUAUAAGAAAUGGUCAAGUACAGCUCUGUGACAGCUCUUGCCUCCCUGUUCAUGUUUGAUGCUGAAGUAAACGUUAGCUCUACAUAAAUCCACACAAAUCCUCCAACAGGAAUUAUUUAUUGUGACCACACUAAUUGUUUUAACUGCACACAUCUGUUAAACAUCAUUUUAAAUUUGAACACUACGUAGUAGGGUGAGUAAUUUUUGAAGAAUAUCACAAAGUUGUUUUUCUGGUAAACUAAACUAGUUUCACACUUCAGCAAUAUAUAAGGGAAGACAGUAGCUUUUAAUAGCUAAAAAGUGCAAAUUAUUAAAAGUUAAGUGUGAGAGUGUUAUUUUCACUGAAAGCAAAUAGUGGAUUGAAAAAUCAUUUGAAGAGCCUUUCCUAUAAGAAUUUAAAAUGGAAUAUUCUCUUCCAUUCUCAUUUGAUAGUUUGAGUCAUGGUCUCAGGUACCAGCUGUCUAUGAGAGAGAACAUUGUAAUAUCAGUGUAAGUAAAAAUCCUAAUUCCACAGACCUGAUUGUAUUUUUAAAAAUACAAUACUUGGGAGUCAUUUUCAUUUGGAAGAUUAUCCUGCAGUGUAAUUUGAUGCAUUGGUCAUUCAGUCCCUGCUUGGAUAGAUUACAUAAUUAUUGGAUGCUUUGAACAACUAUAAAUUAGUCUAUAAUUUAACCACAAGAUUAGAUAGAUGCAACAGACUGUUCAGUCGUAUUUCAGUAAUGUGUUUUCUCUUAAUGUUGCCAAAAGAAGAUUUUAGCAGGAAGCUUGUAGCAUUGAUCCAACUGUCCCGCACCCCAUCAGUUUAGGUUUAUGAAAUGACAUUUUUCUUGGAGUCUGUUCUUUAGGUAAUUAAUCUGUCUUUGCUAUUUGCUAUUGCUAUCUGUCAACGGCUCUCGAAGGAAUAAAGUGAACUUUAGGGCUAAGACUCAAACUAGCUACACUGCACCACAUUAGUCGCACACAUUUAUUUAAAGGAGAUACUGCUUAUUCUAUUAAUGUAAACUUUUAAAGCUUGUAAAUGAUGGUUCUUUCAUCCUCCAUUUUGAUGAUUUACCAUGUGUCUUAGACUUAAGAGCUAUUGGUAGCAAAAUUAAAUAAAACCAAAGUCAACAUGUGAGGAAUUUAUCACAAGAUUCUCACUCAGUAUUGCAUGGUUCCUCCCAUUAAUUGUCUUUCUGAAAUUAUUUAGUCAAUCAGAAAAUAUUUGCAAAGAAACUAUUGCUUCAGUCUGGACAUAAUUAGUAUCAUCCUGUUCAGAUUAAUACUUACAUAUAAAAGCAAUUAUUAUGUAUGAAUACAUAGAACUUUUUAUUUUUACAGUUUACUGUGAAUCUUUACAUGUUUGUAGCUUUACUUUUUCUAUAACAGAAAAAAGUAGAUUUGCUGAAAAAUUAGGGAGUACUCACAGGUUAUAUUUCAAGUGUGAAUGCAAUGCUAUAUAUAACAUUUUGGUUACUUUCAUUUUAAAGUUAAGAAUAUUCUCGUACAUUAUAGUAAAGUGGGGUGAUUAUAAAAACUCUGCAGCACAACACCACUGUGAAUCUCCUUUCAGAGCCAGACAUAAAGAAGCCUGUGUGCAUUUUUUUUUUUUUUUGAGAUCACCACUUAUGUUUAUACUCAUGCCAUGCUACAAAAGCUGAAUGUUGCCUCUUGCUAAAGCUGUUUGAUUACAAGUACCAGGAAAAAACAACUGUUAUACACUGCAUACACAUACUUCCUUUCCCCAGAGAAAAGAAAUAAAAAUGAAGCAAAGGAUGUUUUCUAGAAAAAAAAAAUAAGAAAGCAGUUUCAGAAGGCCAUGACUCAAUUCUUAGGUUUGUAUGCUUCAACAACUUAGGAAUUUUAAUAUAAAAAGCAAAGUCUUUCCCAGUUGCAGUGUAUUUCAGGGAAUUGUUAUUGUUCCCUUUUGUCACAGUUAAAAUCAGUGUUGGGAAUUAAAUUAUAAUUUGAGUGAAGAAUACUACCCAAUGAUAAUUAAUGUAGACGGCUAAACGGUUCUUACUCAGUGUGGUGUAUAUUUCAACAGGGACCCUUGUAAAUUGUCAUAUGCCAAUAAAAUGUCCUAAGUGGUAA